CAAGGCACUCCAGGCAGUCCUGGGAUGCCGGGAAGAGGCGGCCUUGCGGGUUCCCGAGGCCUCCCAGGUGACAAAGGGGCAAAAGGAGAACCUGGAAUAGCUUCUCCUGGAACAACCAGUGGUGUUACUUACAUUCAAUGGGGAAGGAAACAGUGUUCGGCAACUGGAGUACAAACCCUUUAUUCUGGAGUUGCUGCUGGGUCACAUAACACUCACAGUGGAGGUGGAGCCAACACUCAGUGUCUUUCACUCAAUCCCAUAUGGGGAUAUUCUAGAAGUGGUCGUCAAGGAGCCAGUUAUAUUUAUGGAUCUGAAUAUGAACUUAGUUAUGGCAUUCAACCAUUCAUCAAUAAAGGAUUGCAUGACCACGAUGUUCCUUGUGCUGUGUGUUAUGCUGCCACUAAGAACACUCAAUUCAUGUUACCAGCAAGAAAUAUCUGUCCCAGUGGAUGGAGCAGGGCAUACUUUGGAUAUCUCAUGGCAGAACGCUACAGUCAUUCAGGAAGAAACAUGUACGUGUGCGUCGACCACAACGCAGAACCGACAGUUGGAGGUUAUCCAGACCAUGAUGGCAAUCUAUUUUAUCCUGUUGAAGGAGUUUGUGGAUCACUUCCUUGUCCUCCCUACGUAAAUGGUAAAGAGCUGACCUGCUCUGUGUGUCUCAAUGGAGGUGGAGCCAACACUCAGUGUCUUCCACUCAAUCCCAUAUGGGGAUUUCUAGAAGUGGUGGUCAAGAAGCCAGUUAUAUUUAUGGAACUGGAUAUAAUUAAAUUGGUGGCAUUCAACCAUUCAUCACUAGAGGAUUGA